AUGCAGUAUCAGAAUGCCUCGCACCCACAAUACCACGGGUCGCAGCCACCUGCACCACCGCAACUUCAGUCUUUCCAUUACCCAACUCCUGCCUACGGCCAUUCUGCUCAACCGGCACCACCAUUUGAUUUGCAUGCAACAAUAGGAGACAAGCUGGACGACGUCAUCUCGUUGAUGGACCAGGGCGAGUUCUCCGGCAAUGAACGAGAACUAUCCAUCGUCCUCCCUGAUCCCCCCGUUCCAGAGUACUCCGAGCCACGAAGUUCCGACCGAGACGUGAAAAGAGCAGGCAUCUAUAGCAACGAGAAGAGACAGAAGGCGAACAACAAAAGAUCACAGGGGCAGGGGAAACAAGUCAAUGUCUUCGACAAGCUCCAAUACUACAUGAACUCCCGCUUACCGCCUUCUCUCCCGCCCUUGCGAGUCUACAUGCCCACUUAUCCCCUACUCUGUCUUGCUGCCCAAUACUCUGCAAGUGCCUACUACAACCCUCAAUCGCCUUCCGAGCGGAAAGACUUUGUCUCAGCAGAUGGCCGUUUGGGCACAAAGGCCAUGGUCAUCAAGUCGGUUCCAUGUGAUGACAAGAAGACCAUUGUAUUUGCCAUCCGCGGCACUAGUAUGCUGAGCAUCCGCGAUUGGGGCGUAAAUCUACAAACGGGCCCCGUGUCAGCUCAAGGAUUCUUAGACGACGAGGGCAACCUUUGCCAUUCAGGCUUCCUAAAGGUUGCCAAAGCUAUGGUCAAACCUAUUGCUUCCAGACUCCGUACUCUGCUUGAGGAGAAUCCAAAUCGAACGAGUUGCUCCCUCCUGAUCACUGGCCACAGUGCCGGUGGUGCAGUUGCUAGUCUGCUAUACGCCCAUAUGCUAUCCGAGUCCAUCCAAUCUGAACUCAACAUCCUCACGGGUUGCUUCAAACGAGUCCACUGCAUUACCUUCGGCGCCCCUCCAGUCACCCUGUUACCACUGCAAAAACCAGAAACUGCAGACGGCCGAUUAAAGAAGUGCCUCUUCCACGGUUUCAUAAAUGAAGGCGACCCGGUCGUGCGUGCUGAACGUGCAUACGUUAAAAGCCUUGUCGACCUCCUUUCUCAACCCGCCCCUCCCAGCGACAGCCUCCUUCUAAAAACCCCAAGGCCCUCAAAACCCUUGAAGCCCUCCACCUCCGCUCUCAACCUGCUUAGUGCCUCCGUCUCUCGCCUAGAUCUAUCAUUGAACCCUACCAAGAAAAAGCCGACUCAGAAGCACUCAAGAUCUGACCUCCAUCCUCCAGGCCAGAGUGCUUCAAACAAACUCUGGUGGGACAUCCCUCCAGCAACAUUAUCUAACGCCGGGCGGUUAGUUGUUCUACGCAUUCCAGCAGGCGGGAGGACUACAGACGUUACAGCCAGCAUUGUUAGAGAUGAUCAAUUGAGGCAAGUCAUCUUUGGUGAUCCUCUCGUGCACUCCAUGGAUGUGUACGCCGCCCGAAUUGAAGCGCUAGCCGUACGUGCUGUGACUGGCCGGGGAGGCCAGUGUUGA